AAUUUUAUUGUACUUCAUUUUAGGCAGAUAUGUUUGAUUUGUUUGCUCACAUAUUCUUCAGCAAUAAUGGAUACUUUGCUCCAGAUAAUUUUUUUUAUUCGGAUGAUGAAUACAAUGACGAAUACGAUGGUUACGAUGACGACGACUAUGAUGAUGAUGAUGAUUUUCUUAUAUCUGACUCGGACGAGGAUUUUCCCAUUUAUCGAAGUCGACAACAUCAUGCAAAGUAUUCUGAUAUGAUGGCAAGAAGAGUCAGUAAAGCAACAGCUAAUUCUUUUAAACAAGAAGUUUUGAAAAAGAAAAAACAGGUCCGUCCAGAAAUAUCUGAAGAACAAGAAAAAAUGCCGAAGAAUUAAUACAGGAA